AUGAGGUUGCCGAGUAACAGACAAUGUGCGGCGGAGGGAGACGGGAAGAAGAUGGACCAAGCUCCUCCGUUCAGAAACCCUUUUGUACACGUCUUGAAAUUCACCCCUCUGGAAAAGGCAAAGAUAGCAUUUAUGACAGUCACACUAUUCCCCAUCCGUCUGUUCAUAGCUGCAUUCAUGAUGCUGCUGGCUUGGCCUUUUGCCUUCCUGGCCUCAGUAGGACGCUCCGAGACCACCGUGGAACCCCAGUGCCUCUGGAGGAGACUGGUGGACAUAAUUCUGAAGAUCAUCAUGCGGGUCAUGUGGUUUGCGGGAGGUUUCCAUUGGAUGACAGUGAAAGGGCGAAGGGCAUUGCCUGCAGAGGCACCCAUCCUCACCCUGGCACCCCACUCUUCUUACUUUGAUGCCAUCCCAGUCACUAUGACAAUGGCUUCUAUUGUCAUGAAGGCCGAAAGCAAGGACAUACCUCUCUGGGGCACUUUGAUUAAAUACAUCAGGCCAGUGUUCGUUUCACGAUCAGACCAGGACUCCAGGAAGAAGACUGUGGAGGAGAUCAAACGCAGAGCACACUCUGGAGGGGAAUGGCCUCAGAUAAUGAUAUUUCCUGAGGGAACAUGCACCAAUAGAUCCUGCCUAAUCACUUUUAAGCCAGGGGCCUUCAUCCCAGCUGUACCAGUGCAGCCAGUGGUGUUUCGUUACCCAAAUAGACUGGACACAAUCACAUGGACGUGGCAAGGGCCUGGAGCGUUUAAAAUCUUGUGGCUGACACUCUGCCAGUUGCACAACGAGUUUGAGAUAGAGUUCCUCCCUAUCUACACACCCUCAGAGGAGGAGAAAAAUAACCCUGCUCUGUUUGCUAUCAAUGUGAGACGCAUCAUGGCUAAAGCCCUGGGGGUACCCAUCACAGACUAUUCAUUUGAAGACUGCCAGCUGGCCAUGGCAGAAGGCCAGUUGAGACUGCCAGUCGACACCUGUCUGCUGGAGUUUGCCAAGCUCGUCAGGAGACUGAGGCUGAAGCCCCAAAAUACUGAGAGGGUUCUGCAGGAAUAUGGGAACAGAUCCAGGAAGCUGGAGGGUCAGAAGCUGGACUUGGAUGACUUUGCUCAGUUCCUGGAUGUGCCAGUUUCAGACCUGCUACGAGACAUGUUUGCUCUUUUUGAUGAGCAUGAAGAUAACUGCAUGGAUAUCAGAGAAUAUGUGAUAGCCUUAUCUGUUGUAUGCAGACCUGCCAAAACUCUGGAAACGAUGAAAUUGGCCUUCAAGAUGUUUGAGGCAGAGGAGGAUGGUGCCAUCACAGAGACGGAGUUGGCUGUUAUUCUGAAAACAGCUUUAGGAGUGACUCACCUCAGUGUGUCACACCUGUUUACCGCCAUCGACGCUGAAGACACAGGGAAGAUCACAUUUGAAAAGUUCAGAAGCUUCGUGGAGCAGCACCCAGACUUUUCUGAAGAGUACCUGUACACAGAAAACAUAGGCCUCCACAGUGGUCCCUGCCACUAUCACCAAACAAAGCCCAGCCUGUCUUCCCUGAACCUGCAAGGCACUGCCACCACCAAAACAGCUAAUGGUAUCUGCCCUGACUUCAGCCCCAAUGACCGUGUUAGCACAAUAGAUGGACUCCUCAAGAAACACAACUGA